UAUGGAAAGACACCCUCAGAUGUCUGCUUUCGAAUGGUGAACACCACAUGACUUCAUCUCGCUUCAUUUCAUUUUCGCUUUAUUCAGAAAAUAGCCACUGCUCGUUCAAUUUCAAAUGGAUAGUAACACGAAAAACAUCGGUUUUGCGUUCGGAAAAGAGAAUAAGGUUUUCUUGGUUUUCUCUCUUUAAUUGGAUUUUUUUUUCUCCAGUUUUAUCUUACUUUUCCGGUAUUUUUUAUCUUGACCUUUCUAUUUCCAUAGAUUUGAUUAGUAAAGAUGUAUUAAUCGUCCGAAUUUUAUUCCUCUCAUAGUACAUGUCUGAUCGCAAUAAGAUUGGCAUUACUACGAUUAUUAGGAGAGUUUAACUUUUUUAAGCUAUGAAGUCUCUCCUUUUGUUUAUACUACUUUUAUUCUUCGAUGAAUGUCAUAAAUUUUCUUUCUUUGUUUUUAGUUUUAGCGGUAGUGAAAUUCGUCACCGUGAUGAUGAUAUACCAUUAGCUCAUAUUGCUAUAUGUACAGAAGGUACUGGAUGGGCUGACGCUGAUACUAUUCCGUUGAUGGUUGCCAGUACCAUUGUGGGAAAUUGGGAUAGAUCGAUGGCUGGUGCGGGCAAUGUGGCUACAAAACUUGGACAAUAUUCACAAAAAUAUAAUUUAUGUCAUUCCUAUCAAGCAUUUAACACAUGUUAUACGGAUACGGGUCUAUGGGGCGCUUAUAUUGUUACAGACAGAUUUAGAGUUGAUGAUAUGAUGGCUGCGCUACAAGAUGAAUGGUGUCGUAUUGCAACGAACGCCACAGAAAUUGAAGUGAAUCGUGCAAAAAAUUUAUUGAAAACAAAUAUGUUAUUAAUGUUGGAUGGUAGUACACCAAUUUGUGAAGAUAUUGGAAGACAACUUCUUUGUUAUGGCAGAAGGUUACCGUUACACGAAUUAGAUGCUCGUAUUAAUGCAGUGGAUGCUAAAACUGUUCAAGAAGCAAUGAAAACCUAUGUUUACAAUCGUUGUCCUGCUAUAGCUGCUGUCGGUCCAACCGAAGCGUUAAAAGACUACAAUCGUACACGAAGUAGAAUGUACACAAUUAUCCAUUAG